AUGGAAAAUGCAAAGGCUGACACUAGUGCAUCAGAGAUCCAGGGAUUCUGUGAUCCAGGCCAGGGUAGAGGUGAGCUCUACUCUCCUGAGAUUAGACACAGCAUCGCUGCCCUUCUGGAAUUCAUGUGGGCAGGCAAAGAAUUCACAUUUACAGCAAUGUUCAUUAAAAAUUCAAAGACAACCUCUAAUGAACAGCUUUCAAAACACAGAGACUACGAUGAAGCAGAUGGCUCCAACUUUGUGCAAACACUUGUUUUUUCCCAUCCACAGCUUUACCCAAAAUGCUCUCAUACGUUUUGUAGAAAUUGUCUGGAAAAUGUUCUUCAGGCAACUAGAAACUCUUUGUUAUGGAGACCUUUGCGAAUUCCAUUCAAGUGUCCUAACUGCAGAAGGAUUAUUGAAAUUUCUUUAACUGGUAUAGAAUCCUUACCUGUAAAUUUUGCAUUGAGAGCAAUUAUUGAAAAGUACCUGCAAGAAGACCACCCAGAUGUUGUCACCUGCCCUGAACACUACAGGCAGCUAUUAAAUGUUUAUUGCCUACUAGAUAAAAAAUUAGUUGGUGGCCAUUGUCUUACUAUAGGCCAACAUCAUGGUCAUCCUAUAGAUGACCUUCAGAAUCUCUAUCUGAAAGAAAAGGAUACACCUCAGAAGCUGUUUAAACAGUUAACCGACACACACUGGACAGACAUCACCCGUCUUACUGAAAAGCUUGAAGAACAGAAGUGUCAUUCUGAAAAAAUGAUUCAAGGUGAUAAGGAAUUUGUUCUUCAGUAUUUCAAGGAGCUUAGUGAUGCAUUAGAACAGAAAAAGAAAUUGUUUUUGGCAGCUCUCCGUGACGUUGGCCAGCUGAUCAAUCGAGAAUACACUCCGCAGAUUGAAAAGGCGAAGGAGAUCAGAGAACAGCAGCUGGAGUUAAUAGCAGUGACCACAUCUUUACAAGACGAGGCUCCACUUAAAUUCCUGGAAAAAAUUGAUGAUGUCCGCCAGAGUGUGCACAUGUUGAAACGGAGACCACUCCCCGAGGUCCAGCCUGUUGAGAUGUGUCCCCAAGGAAGGAGAGUAUUAAAGGAAGAGCGGAGCAGAACAGAAAUUAGACAUAUCAAGAAGGCUGCCACUCCUGAAAUGAGAAUUUCUUCAAAACGGAUGCCAAGUUCCUGGCCUGACAAGCAUAAAAAAGAACUUGAAUUCUUUAACAUUUUAAAUAUUGCUGUGGUUUCACUGACUUCAGUGAUAUUAAUGUUGAUACUCUUUUUUAACCAACACAUAAUCACCUUCCUAAAUGAAAUCACUUUAAAAUGUUUCUCUGAAGUCUCUUUGUCUGCUUACCAAAGUUUAUCUAAUAACUUAAAUGACUUAAAAAAUAUGGCAUGCUACAUUUUAUAUUUGUUAAAGGAAAUCAUGUGGAAAAAUAGUUUCUCGCUGAAAACCCGAAUGAACAGUUUUAAGUGGGCUUCUCCUGUUUAGCAGAAGCUAACCAUUGCUAGAUGGAAGUUGGGUAGCAAAAGUACCAAACUUACAUAGAAAUAUGGUAAACCUUCCAUGGUUGGAUAGAAAUGGUGCCAGAAAUGAUACAUUAUCUGAAAGAUGAUUCAAAUCAAAUUAGAAAAUUAUAAUUUUUGAUUUGAAUAUUUUAUUUGCUUGAUAGUCAAAGUUUUAAAUAAUCUAACAAGCAUUUCUUUCUUUUACUAUAACAUGCUACAGUAGUUUUGCAGUUCUUAGUAUAUGUAGAUAUUAGAUUAGAAAAAAAUGACAAGAUUCGUGAUCCACAUAUCUAUUUUGAUGUGAUUUGAAGUUUUUCAGUGUGUAGAUGGAGGUGGGAAAAGCUUAAAAAUGCAAGCUAGGAUUGCUUAAACAUCUUUUUGGUCAAACGUAAAUAAAGAACAUUCAUUCCAAAUAGAGCUUGAGCUUUUGGAUAAAGCAAGCGUCUAGUACUUAUGUUAUAUAAACUUUGUGUUUAGGAUCUGAGCUUAAUGGCUAGAGAAUUUCUUAAGUCAGGGUCAGUCUGGAUGGAUAUCUUAUUGACAUUCCUAAAAACCAAACAAAAAGGUCAAAAAAGGCAGAGCUCUUGCCUUGUCUCCAGCACCAGAAAGCAAAACAAGUAUAUAUUUUGCUUUUGUAGUGUUUUAGUCGUGUUCUUACAUAAAAACCAUACGAAACAUGUAUAUUAUGACAAUCAUGUUGAUGGGAUUCAUUUAAUAGAAUUCAUGUAAACUGUAUCUUAAAAUGGUCUCACUCUACAGCCCAAGUACUGGGAAUUAUGAGUAUGAGCUUCCAUAAUUAGAUAAUCUUAAAAGAACUCAUUAAGGCAACUUUUAAUUUCCUUAACAAGGACUAGCAUGAUGUCUGCAGCAAACUUUGGUUCACUGUCAUUAAAACACCCAAAUGGGCUAUUCUUGAAUCUCUAGCUCUGGGAAUCUUAUUUCAAAGGUCAGAUUACAAAAUACUUUAGGUCCUAGAUCCAUUAUAAAGCUGUGUUAACGUCAAGGUUAAAAUGCUUAGAAGUUUAUCAUUAGGGCUUGGAGAGAGAGAGCUCAGAGAGAGCACUGACUGCUCUUCCAGAGGUUCUGCGUUCAAUUCAAGACAAUAUAUGACAUCUGGUGCCCUCUUCUGGCAUGUAGGCAUACAUGCCAGCAGGAUACUGUAUGCAAAGCAAAACAAAACAAGUUUACCACUAAGAUUAAAUCAUUAGGUCCACUUAACAGAUCAGAUUUUAUCCGGCAUUAACUGUUGCCUACUGAGGCCAUUUGGAAGACAGUGGAGGUGAAGGGAUACAGUGUUCAGUUUUUAACAGACACAUAGGUCACACAAAGUCCUAUUUUAAAAUGUAAAUACUAGCAAAGAAUAUUUGUUAAGACAUUUUUCAAGGGGCUACUAACGUCUUUGUACAGAUGAGCAGGAAACCACAGUAAUGCAGUGUCCCAUAAGGAGGGAGGACAUCUCAUCAGUGUUUAUCAUGCUUUAAGAACUGGGGCAGGCCAAGACUGGUGUUAGUAACCGAAACUUGCGUUCCAACCCAAACAAGCAGAUGCUGAGAAUCACCUUAAAGGAUUGACAAUUUUUAGUGCGCAACCAUGUUUUCUAUAUACUUAUACUUAUAAGUUACUAUAUACUAUAUACUUACUGUUUUAUAUCUUUACCAUGAGGUUGAGAUUGUACAAUUUAAAAAACACAUUUGGAAAUUCUGGAUUAAGUAUAACAAUAUAUUUGAAUAAACUUGGUAUUUUAUUGAAAAAAAUGAUAUAGUUUCUGUGUGGUUAUUUUCGUUCUGGACGGGCGGGACAAACAAGCAGCCUCCUCCUAAACACAACCCUGAAUUCUAGUGGCCUGCAUUUCUCUGCCAAACCCCAUGUGGAUAGAUGUAAUGAGAUCUGCUUUGGUCUCUUGGUAAUCUCCAGACACUGACCCUUGAGCCUAGUGGUGAAAAGUUGUUUGUGUUUUAUUUUCCAUUGAACCUUGAGUUCCAAACAAUAGAGUGAGGAGCACUAUGUGGUAUGGAUGUCUGAGUGGCCCCAGACUGACAGACAGUAACAAAAAUGAGAACUAAGCUGUUAUAUAUACUUUUUAAAAACGUAUUUCCCUGUAGAGAUGAAAAUUUUGAAAAAUAAUACUUCACUUAUUCCUUUAGACUGGAGAGCCAGCCAACUACAGAGGUAGCAGGAGGGGAGCCCACUGCUCCCUCUCUUGGUAGGUGGGAGACAUCAAAAACCUAAAUCCAUCCUCAGCUCUUCCAGAUGAAAUGUUGGUCAGGUUUGGUUCUUUCUAAACAAAAAUGUUCCACGCUACUAUUAACCCAAACCACUCAGAGGAGUUUGUUUUCAGCAUCUACAGACGUAAACUAUGAGGUCAGGAGAUUAGAUUUACUGCAGAUGUGAUUCAGUGUGAGUGGAGUGGAGUGUCUUGUACAAUCAGAAGCACUCUGGAGAAAGAGGAGCUGGUUAAGAAAGGGCGGUCCCUGGGAGAACUAAGUCCUGGUGUAAAAUAUACCCUCCCAUGCCCUUUGUUCAGUGGUAACUAUUGGAAUGGGGUGUCUAGAGUAGGAGUGACUUCAUAGUUCCUUUAUCACUUGUUCACACAAUUGCCUGUUCAUCAUCAGCUUGAUAAGAAACUCCAUGAGAGCAAGAGGGGACAUGGUGAGCAGAGGCAGAUAAACCCCUGGCCACAUAGAACCUAAAGGCCUUUACAUAUAGGAAGCAAGUGUAUACACACACACACAUUCUCAUAUGCACAGAGACACACAUGUAUGCAUACACACUCAUAUGCAUACACACAGAUACUUGUGCAAAAUACAUACAAACACGCACAUAUAUGCACAAACACAUUCAUACACGCACUCAUACACACACAUACAUACACACACUCAUAUAUACACAGGCAAUCUCUCUAAAGUCACAUGACUAUGAUGAGUACCUAUUUCAAUAGUACUUCAGACAAGCAUUCUGUAACAGUCAGCCCAUCAAGGUAUUUCCCACUGAGAUCCACUCCCAGUCUCAAUGGAAAAGAGCUAAAGAGAACAAACAGUUCUCUUAGGUUCACAAAAAGAAAAAAGAAUUGGAGAGAUAGUUCUUACAUGUAAAGUUUUAUGGAAACUCCAGGUCCUUCAACAAGCACUUUCAGCAUGGACCCAAAGCUGAUGACUCUUCAAAGGCUCCAGGACCACCCACCUCAUCAGCCACCAAGUCCUUGCCUAUACCAGCCUCUUCUCUCCAACCAUGUCAGAAGUCCACUCUGGGACCCUUUGCUCUAGCAACCAGAGCAGAUGUCUCCACAUAACUUCUGCUGCUCAAAACCCUUCUAUGACAGCCCAUCACAGUGAGAACUCCAGAGAAUGAAAAGAAUCUCUCAACUGGUUACAAAGUCCAGAACAGCACCGGCAAUGGAAAUAGGGGCAGAGAAAGGUCUUUAGUUAACAAUGGUCCAGGAGACGCAUCAAGAAAGAACACAGAAGCCGACAGAAUUAAUGACAUAUUUUGUCUAAGCCAGUGUAUCUAAAGCAUAAUCAUAUGUAAAAUAUAUUGAGAUUAUUUUACAUUUUACUGUGCACUCAAUCCCCCUGGUCCUCAUACAUUCCCCCAAAAGAGCACCAUCUCCAUGUUGCAUGUAAAUUGUCUCUUAAUUAUGCAUCCACAGUGUAGAAGAAAGUCAUGGGUCACAAUGCUUAAAAUAAAGUACUCUGCCAUAGCCACCAACCUGCACAAUUAAAAUUCUCAGAAAUCCUGUACCGGCACAAAGCAUGGCUUGCUUUGACCAGUUCAUACCCUUGAGUUGCAGACAAAACUAUGAAAGAAGAGGCUUAAUUGUGUGCAGUAGGAAAAGUGUAGAUCCUUACUAUAAGACAAUAAAUAAUAAAUAAAUGCAAAUUAGAAAACAGGACUUUCGAAAAAGUUUUCUUUGCCUAAAAGGGCAGCUCAAAGUCAGAAGAUAAAGUAAAGGAAGAAGGAGGCACAAAAAAUCAGCUUCUAAAUUUGAGAGAAACACUUAAGCCAAUCGCAGAUGAUAAAUAGGAAUAGAAUCCACAUCGUGGUAAAUAAAUAUGUCUACAUAGUCAUGUAUCUACUUAUCAUCUAGAUUUUCUGGAUACUAGAGACAGAUAUGGAAAUAGAUGCUGAUGUAUAGACAUGAAUGACACCAGUAAAGAGACACAAGUCAGCAUGCUUGAACAAGCUUCCAGAGGCCCUGAUAAUCAACACCAUUGCCUAGAGGAUUGAAACGAGUUUCCUAAACAGUAGCCUUAUCAAAAUAAAAGCUCAAUUCCAUAUACAAGGAAGUCUGAAAAGUCUCCUGGGAAAUUUUAAGAAAAGGCAGAGAAGAAACUCUAGUGGUGGUUGUGGACAUCAGGGCAUGAAGGAUUGUUGCGGGAGGUCCUUCUGCUCCUCCAGCCAAUAGCCACUGAGAUACCAGUCCAUAGGGGCAUGGUCUCUCUCCCUUUAAAACAGCGGCUACUUCCCUUCUGCUUUCUUUGCUUCCUGCUCCAGUUCGAGCUACUAGACUUCUUCCUGAUUGCGAGCAGAGGGCUGUUGUCUGGGACGGUUAUCUGUAAGUUUUUUUCCCCUUUAAAUAAAUACCACCCUAUUAAUCAUAAUUCCAAACUGGUGUGGCAUUAUUUAUGACUUACGCCUUCAAAGGAUGGCCUUGGUCAAUCCUAAUCUGAGAAUAUGAAGUGCCUCCAGGAGAAAAGAAAAAUGUAUAAUUAAAGAGAAAUUGAAACUGUAGUUAAAAUAGCUACAAACACCUUUUAAAUGUUUUACAAUGGAUUUAACAUGUUAGGCACUCAAACACACCGUCAAAUAACCAUGAGGUCAUGGUAACAUGGAAGCAUGAGCAAUGUCCACCAUGAAGCUUUGAUGUGUGCAUACUGUCGUGAUUGGAUCUGUGUGUUCAAGGCUUGGUUUCCAGGUAAAGGAUUAAGAUAUGAGCUGGAAUAACUUUGGUGUUGUGACUUCUAUGACCAAUUAAACCCACAAUAAUCUGAUGGCAUUAUUGGAAGGUGGUAGAUGCAUAGGACAUGGUGCUUACUUGGAUAAAAUAGGUCACCAAAUGAAGUCUGAAUAUUUUGUACUUCCUGGCUGCCAUGUAAGUGAGUGACUUCUGCUGUCAAUCUCCAGAUACCAUCAUGUUCUACAUGACCACAGACACAAAGCAGUCGAAUCCACCAACCUCAGGCUUAAACUUCUAAACCUGUAAACCAAAAUAAAUCUCCCCCUAAAUUGUCUCUUGACAUUUGUCACAGAGGCAAAAGCUGGCUAACACAAGCACUUUAUAAAACUACUACCAAUCACCUCACAGGGUUAGCUUUGCUGAGUGUAUAGUGAGAACCCAUAAAAACUAGCAAUGCCAUGUGUAGAUCAUCAGUGAUAGUUAUAAGAACCGUGGUCUACAUUGGUGGUCAGAACUUAUAACAGAAAGUCUGUGCCCUUUGAUAAAAAUUCUCCACACCUGUCCCAGCCUCUAGCAACCAUAGCUCUACACUCUGUCUCUAUGGAACUGAUGUUUUUAGAGUUCAUAUUGUUACAUGAUAUUGGAGGAAAGAUGUAAAAUUAAUAUCACCUCUGAAGUGGAAACAAAGCAACAGCCCAAACAGUGAUGAUUCCGAGACCAUCCUGAUGAGUGAAAUACAUUUCUUUAGAUACUUUCCUGGUGGUAGAAGAAACCAAAAAUGGCUGUUUUAUCCUGAGGUUGCCAGUCGCUCUGCUAAUCAAAGUCUUAUUUCAUCUGACUCUAAAUGUACAGAAGAACUGAUACACACUGGGUUCAAGGUGUCACCCAGGGUUAAGACAGUGGAGGUAAAAAGCUCCACACACACAUUAGCAAGGCCAUGUAGGAUCUGUCCUCUGAGCUUUAACACAUUUCCAAAUGCCAAGAUUCACUUCUAUUUUAAGAAUAAAUCAUAUUAUAACCUAUUAUGUAUGUAUAGAUAGAUAGGUAGGUAGGUAGGUAGGUAGGUAGGUAGAUAGAUAGAUAGA